UCCUGUCACAUGAUGCGUUACACAGUUUCUUUGUUCGUUUACUGACAAAAUAACCUUGAAACAAACUUCAAGGUGAUUUUUAUUUGACUUUUAAUGCUGGACAUUGUGUUGAUAGACGUUGGACAAGAGCUAGAUUGGUGUGUUUUGUUUUGUUUAACAUCCAUUUAGCCUAGAUAGGUAGAUUUGAGUUAAACCAAAAAUAUAGACAUCUACAGCUCCAGUGGUCAACAAAAUGGCAACGUUUUCUCAGUCCACCAUUGAAAAAGGAUCUGACAUGAUCCAGGACUUCUUGUGUUCGACCUGUGAAGAUGAGAAACUGGAUGAAAUGGCUGAUUACUAUUGUGAAUCCUGCGUGAAGUUUUACUGCCGAAAAUGUAUUCUCAUGCACGGUCAAUUGUUUAAAAAACAUUCACCUCAUGGAAGGGGAGAUAUGAAGAAAUGGCCAGUGGCCAAGAAGGUGGAAGACUUUCUUCUGAAAUGUGAUGUUCAUACAGAGGAAAACCUGAACAUGUUUUGUGAAGACCAUUGCCAGCUGUGCUGCACUAACUGCGCAUUCCUCAAUCACAGACAAUGCAAAAGGGUGGUGCUUAUAUCAGAAUUAGUCAAGAAAAACUCAACUGACUUAAAGAAACUGUCAGUUUCUAUCCAAACUAUUCUGGGAGAAAUGAAGGAACUUCAAGACAAGCAGGAGGCAAGCAUUCUGUCUGCGCAAAGUUCAUAUGAUGAGCAGUUACAAAAGAUACAGGAAACUCGCAUAAAAAUAAAUGAAACCUUAGACAAACUAGAAAAGAAUACACUAAAGGAAAUGAAAGAUGUACUGACAAAACUUCAAGUCUCUCUCAGAGGUGAUGUAGACAAAUGUGCUUCACUUCGUAAUGAAUUGAAACAACUUCAAGACGCCAUACAGGACAUUAGUGAUACAAGCAAGCUAGAACUUUCCUUUGUAGUAAGCAUUAAAUGUCAGGAAAAGAUAAAACAGUCUGAAUUCUUUCAAAAGAAGAACUUUGAUCAAGUAAAAUCUUCAAUAGCUUUCCAGCCUAACAGUGAUAUUGUGCAGUACCUGUCUCAAUUGUCAGGUCUUGGAAAGAUUGAACACAGUACCCAGACAUUGACACAACCAGGAAAUCCAGACCAAGUAAUAAGUCUGAACGGUAAAUCUGAGUAUGAUGUGGGCAUACAAAGUGAUUCACAGGGAUGCUGUAUCAUAGCCAUCUGUAGUCUCCCAAACAAACAGAUCCUGGUUGCAGACUUUAACAAUAGUAAAUUAAAGCUGUUGGACCAGCUGUACCAGGUUGUGGAUCACUGUGAUGUUUCUAAUCCGCCACAGGACAUGUGUGAGAUAUCACAAAGUGAGGUGGCAGUGACUGUGGAUGAUCAAGGUAACACACAUGAGGUCCACUUUAUUAAAUUCAUCAACAAUAAACUAGUGCCUAACAGGAAGCUGACCUUACAACAUCCAUGUGUAGGUAUUGCCCACCACCAGGGAGACCUGUUUGUCACAUCUGGCAUUGCACUGUACAAGUAUACACUGAGCGGUGAACUUGUCAGAAAACUGCACGAGGACAAAUCAGAUAGGACGACAGUAUAUCUAUGUGCAGUAAGCCCGACAGGUGACAAAUUGUACGUCACCAACCAAAUCAAGCACAUGCUCCUCACCCUGGCCAGGGAUGGAUCAAUCCUUGCUAGCUUUACAGACCUUAACCUAUAUAUACCAGCUUGUGUGCAUGUGACCCCUGUGGGCCAGGUGCUUGUAUGUGGACAGACGUCAAACACUAUUCUACAGGUACACAGUGAGGGCAGUAAGAAGCUGGCCACUCUGGCUACAAAGAGUGAUGGGCUUCAGAUUCCUUACGCAGUCUACUACAACAGCAACACUGCCUCCAUUAUUGUGGGAGACUGGGAUAACAACAAGAUUCUGGUGUACAAAGUCCAAUAGCUAAUCAAUCGUAUUCUGAUAUGUGUAAUAAUAAGUGAUAUAAAUAACAAUAACUGUUAAUGUAAUAGUGUAUGUUACAAUGCAACAAUGUUCUUCAAUUGUUAUAUAUCAACAGUAAAUAAUAAGCAUGUAAAUUAUAAUAGCUGUUAAUGUAAUAAUAGUAUGUUACAAUUAAAGACUGUUUUUAAAUUGUAAUGUAUUAUAUUAGUAGCAAGUGAUAUACAUGUAAAUUACAAAAGCUGUUAAUGUAAUAAUAUUAUUUUACAAUGCAAGAGCGUUUAUGAAAUAUUCAUACAUAUUUUUUUCUACAAAUCAUGUUAUUUAUUCAUUUUUGAAAUGAAACGUGUUUCUUAACUGAUAUGUCUUUGGUGUCAUUAACAUAAAUGUUUUACUUUUGUUCUCAGAAGUCAAGAAGCUCACGUAUUAUGUGUUUCAAAGUUCAUUUUUAAAAAUCAAUUUAAUUGACAAAGGUCUUACAUUAAAGAUAACCAGGUACGUGACACUAAUUUACUGUUUUGAGGAUGUAAUGUAUAACAUGUGAAACAAUUUGUCGAUUUAUCCAUUUAUUAAUAAACAGGGAUAUAACUUUUGAGUUAUAUUGAAUAAUCACCCCCUGUUUUUGACAACAAUAGGGUUUAAACUCAAUAGAGUUUUUGCAAAAAUUUUCACCCCCUACUUUUGAGCUUAAUUGGGUUUUUCACCCCCGUUUUUUUAACUCAAUUGGGUAAUUUAGGGAAUGACAUGUAUAAAAUAAUUGAAAUCUACUAAGGUUACUAUAUUAUUUAUACAAAUGGAAUUCAAAAAGGUACCUGUACAUAACAACAAACAAUUACUGAAUUUCUGGUCAAAGCUCAUUCAUUUUUGCAUUGAAUAAGACCGAGUUCGUGAAAAUCGCUGCACAAUUGAUGAAGUUAUGGCUGUUCAAAGUGAUGCACCCCGUUUUCAGGUCUUUUUUAGUUGAAUACCUCGAAAAUGAAAGUAGAAAUCGGUCUAUGAAUAAUUACAAUAAUACCCCAAAAAUUGAUAACCGCUAGAAAGACUGCCUUCUUUCUUCAUAGGACGGCAUAUAAACUAUCCGGUACAUUUCUGUAUGAAAAAUAACCAGUCUAAAAAAAAAAGCCCGGUGUUAGUAAGAAUUGCAUUUUGUGACGCAAUGUUUUUUACGAGAAAAGCGUUAUUAAAUUUGUAUUUGCAUUUUUGUACGCUUUAUUUUUAGUUUAAUUACGUUUUUGGUUACUUUAAUUGCGUAAUAACGCAAAUACGCUUGUUUUCUAUAGCCCUGAUAAAUAAAUGCCCUUUUUCAAUCCACAA